AUGACGCCAGCGUCUCGUGUUGUUGUUGCCAUCAACCUCUCACCGACUAUGUCGACGGGUCCCAUCUACCCCGUGAACGGGCUUGAUACAAGCAAGCUGAAGGAUGCUGUGCUGGUUGUGCCUUCCGUAUCACUAGGCAACGUCCCCCAACUCGCGGGUGAUUUGCUUGUAUCGUCGCUGGGUCUGAAGCGUGUUGCCUUCGUCGGUACGGGCGAGACAGUAGCCCCCUUUGCCGGAUAUGACAGCGAGGCCGGGAUCUUGACCGGCGGUCUGGAACGUAAGCUGCUCUACAGGUCGCCCUCAAAGCUGACUCCAGUGUAUGGUGACCAAGGAUCUGUCUAUGUCCUGCUGCAGCGCUCUCCGACCCUCAAGGUGCGCACCGAUGGCUCUAACGAUCUGACGGCAUAUGGCGAGCUAACACUUCAGACGAAGAAGGAUGAGCACGUCGCCCUCAUCGCCGCGGCGGGGAAGAGCUUUGGCUCUGUUCUCGUUCUCGCCUCCCUCGACGCUGCGAAUCAGGACGAUGCACAGCUCUUGUCAGCCAUCGUGCGCGAUGCAUCUACUCCAAUCCUUGAGCGUCUCGCGCAGCUUCCCGCCCUCAACCUCCGGCUCGAGGGUGCUCCCCCACAGGAGCAACAGAGGGAAGGCGUCUACCCUCCGUUCCUCCCCGGUGCUGGUCUUACGAGGAGGACACUGGCGGCUCUGAAAGAGCAGGGCACGCCUGCCGGCGCGCUGGCCGCUUGGGUCGUCGAGGGAGAUAACCGGGGUGAUGCGCACGCUCUUGCUGCUAGGACGCUGGAUAUGGCUGGAAUCGAUGCCCAGUUGCGGGAACCAAGCAGCUGGAAGGGAUUGUUUGGAGGAGAGGGGUGGAGUGGUGGUGCUGGCAUGGACGCCGAGAUCCACGGAUAG